AUGACUCCGACCCCCUCUCUGACCGACCGACUGCCAACAUCAUACGACGCUCUAGAUUACGAGCGAACUUCCCUCACCCACGAAGACGUUCAGAACAUUGUCGAGGUCUACAACGCCUCCCUGACGACCUUAGCCAACAUCGUCGAUCAUCGCUCGGUUGCCGAUUUCGUUCGUCUACAGAAACCGGGGAACUACGGCGAAGUCGCACUGGCUACGGCGGCCGGUCAAGUCGCCAACAUAUGGCUUGUAGGCCGAAUCCGAACCAUUGAUCCUGCAGGGGGAAUCGUGCCAAAGAAGUAAGCGAAGCCACGUGUUACUGGAGAUCUACGCUAGCGCUAACCAAGAUGCCGCAAACUUCUAUACAUGCCCCUGAACAGCCAGCAAUGGCGCCUUGAGCGAGAUUGCGUCAGGCCUGAAGAUCUCGACCGGGAGAUUCGACUGGAGCUGUUCGAGUCCGACUCGGAGGUCGUAAAGUUUCGAAAUUGGCUCCAAGGAGGGGUGUCUCAAGCCCUUCAUCAGCACUGGAAACUUCCCAAGAAUCUUCAAGGUGAGCCGCUUGCUGUACUUAGGCGGUGUUAGGCGUGCGAGCAGGGUGCUGAUUCUGCUGCUGCUUCCCAUCGGCUACUUUAUAAUAGAACUUGCGGAAUUGGCAUCGCCAUUUGGGCGCAACUCAAACAGUGCAUACAUCCACCACCGUGUGGUGACCACAAAAGAGUGAGUGCGCGUUUUCCUCACCUACUAAGUUCCCGCAGAAGGGGCCAAACUAACACUGGUUUCACAAUGGCAUCCUCUGCAGCUGUUGGAAUCACGUCUUUGGCGGCGACAUCCCGUUCCCUGCCAGCAUCAAGGCCUCUAUCCGUCCUUGGCUGGGGACGGAUAGUGAGGAUCCGGCAAGGGAAAGGGAAUAUUUACAAUUUUGGAAGGAGCUGUUGCAGCUCCGCUUUCAAGGAAAACCGACGGAGCUGGCCGCGCCGACGCCCUUCCCGGUUUCCUUCGCAGACGACCCGAAUCGACAAAAAUACGCACACACAGUUCUGCAAGCAGUGGAUGUGUGUGGGAUUAUGUGCAACGUACAGAUACAUGUACACGAGGACAAGAGAAAAGAGCAAUGGAUUGGACGCUAUCAAUUGACCCCGGUGGCAGCCCGUAUCCAUGGUCGACUUGCCAGUACACCUCAGCCUGCUGCCAGCCGAUCGGUGAGUGCAGCGGUGGGCCCCCAUCAGCAUGGUCUCUUACUCUUGAACCAUGUUUUUUUUUUUUUGGAAAAUAAUAAUAAUACUGAGACCUCCUCGGCACCACGAUACCUGGGCACGCCUCAAAAUUCAUCGGCCAUUCAUUCGCCUGUGAAGAGGUCUGCGUACGAGGCCGAGUUCGAAUUGGACUUUGCUGACCUAACUAAUAACGGUAAGUGGAGACACCGAUGCGCCUAACACUAGGUCAUAAGUCAACCUGACAUGACCUUUCUUCACCCCCGGCGGCGCCUCCCCCUUUUGCAGCCAAAAAGAUCAAGUCGGACAGCGACAAUAGCAGCGCCGACUCGGACGAAGACGAAAUCGGCCUCGCGGGCUUCGGACACUUGGGCGCCUGA